AUGGGCUAUAUUUGUGCUUUCAAAGACUGCAGUAAUAAAAGUAUCAAAACGAAAGGGGAUUCUUGUAUACAAUAUUUUCGCUUCCCCGCAAUAAGAAAGAACAGAGGAGAUAAACUACGCAAGCUUUGUGAAGAUCGUCGACGACAGUGGUUGGCAAACAUUCAGAGAAAGGAUUUAGAUGACAAGAAGGCUGAAAAUACGCGUGGUUGUAGCGAGCAUUUUGUUAACGGUUCGCUUUCUAGUGUUUGGGAUACCACAGAUCCUGACUGGGCACCAACUCUUAAAUUAGGCCAUGGUGAUAUAUGCAAUUCUUCAAUAGCAGUUGAACGCAAUGCUCGCGGAAAAAGCAGAAAAAGACGUAGACAAGAAAUAGCAGAUAUGGAGGCUGAAAUUGCUGAAACAGUUGUUGAAAGUGUCAAAAGCCCACAAGUAGAGACUGAACCAACAAUAGUUCAAGACUUCAAAGUUUCUGAACCAACUAUUAUGCGUGAUUCAAGUACUCUAAGUGACAACAAUUGCCAGGCAGGACAAGCUACUACUAGAGACCAGGAAUGCCAAACAGACAUAGACCUUACCCAAAUGGAAAAUGAAAAAAACUACCUACAACACUUGAUAGAAGAACUAUCCAAUUUAAAGAGUCAACUCUUAUCUGCUCGAUUUUCAGAGCAAACAUUUAAGAACAAUGAUGAAAAAACUAAAUUCUACACUGGCCUGCCAAACUACAAAACCCUGAUGAGUGUAUUUAAUCUUACCUCUCAUUGUAUCAAGAGAAACUUUCAGAAUGGUCUUGAAUCAUUUAGUGAGUUUAUUCUAGUUCUCUUAAGGUUGAAACUUAAUCUCACACUUCAAGACUUGGCUUACAGAUUUGAUAUUUCAGUAGCAACCGCAUCAAGAAUAUUUGAUCGAUGGAUCCAUGCACUAAGUAUUAGAUUGAAAUUUCUUAUAUAUUGGCCAGAGCGUGAAGAACUGCAAGCAACUAUGCCUAGAGUAUUUCAAAAAAAUUUUGGCAAGAAAGUUUCUGUUAUUAUAGAUUGUUUUGAGAUAUUUAUAGAAAGGCCAAGUAGUCUAAUAGCAAGGGCAAUGACUUGGUCCAACUAUAAGCAUCACAAUACCAUAAAGUUUUUAAUAGGCAUAACCCCUCAGGGUACUAUCUCCUUCAUAUCCAAAGCAUGGAGAGGCAGAAUUUCAGACAAACACCUGACAGAGCACUCAAGAAUACUACGAAAGCUUUUACCUGGUGAUAUUGUACUAGCUGACAGGGGCUUUGACAUAGAAGAUAGUGUUGGCUUUCAUGAAGCCAAACUACACAUUCUAGCCUUCACAAAAGGAAAAAAUCAAUUGUCUGCUGUCGAGGUUGAGGACACAAGAAAAAUUGCAAAUGUACACAUAUAUUUUGAGCGGGUGAUCGGUCUGGUCAAAGGGAAAUACAACAUUAUGCAAGGGAUACUACCUGUACAGUUGGUCACGUCACGAAAAGGAGAUGACGUUGCACCAAUAGACAAAAUAGCUAUUAUUUGUUGUGCACUGACAAACUUGUCUGGGUCAAUUGUUCCAUUCCAAUAG